AAGUUGAAAGGGCGAGGAGGGCCAUUCGGGUGAUUUUUGCGGUUUCUUUACAGAAAGAAUUGUACGCGGGGAUAUAAUAACAAUCGAAACAACUAUAAUGUUACCAGCUGCGAUUGAAAGCAGAGUGUUCGCGCGCGAAAUCCGCUCCAACGCCGUAUAAAAAUGUCGGGACAGUUCGAUAUUCCAAAUUGUUUUUAACUUACUAACGCCUCCAGGAUCAUGUUGAAAUUUAAAAAAAUGGGCUCGGAUAAAGUGCCGUUACUGCUUGUUACUGCCAACGUUGGAUCUAUAUUCGAAGACCCGUCAGUAAUGCUACCAAUCUGGACAUCGGAAUUCCUCCAAGCCGUCUCUCGCAUGGACCCAAAGUUCAUAGCGCUACAUCUGCAGGAAGUUGGUGGGAAAGCAUACGAGAAAUCUAUGCAGUAUGUGGAGGAUUUCGUGCAGAGAUUGUGCGACUGUCCUGAACUGAGACUAUAUGACAAGAUCCGGAUAUUCCUGGAUGAAGAUUUUAGCUCACCGGAGAGGUUUACGGCAUUAGGGAACAUGUAUUUUGCGCACUCUUCACUCACCGACAUCAAGAUCUGGGACUUCGAGGUGAAGGGCUACGUGGAGGUUGUAGGAAAAGAGGUCAACAGCGGCAACAUCGAGAAAGUCACUACCAAAGAAAAGGCCAAAUUCCCACAGCAUUUCUUCCCAGAGUGCAAAUGGUCGCGGAAAGGAUUCCUGCGCACACGCUGGUUGCUGCGCGGCACUGCAGUUGAGUUCGUCAACAUACAUCUGUUCCAUGAUGCAUCCAAUCUGGUAGCUAUGGAGCCCUUCCCAUCAGUGUAUUGCCGCAGUCGUCGGCGCGCGUUACGUCACACGUUACGUCACUUGCACGCGGACGCUAACUCCGCCCCAUACUUCAUAUUCGGAGACUUCAACUUUAGGACUGACACCGGCGCUGUUGUUAAGAAAAUGACAGAAGAAUUGACAGCGUGUCGUGUACAACACGGCAGCAGCGCGGAGUCUGCAAAGAUGCAGUACAGAGCGAAAGAAAACGAUCGUCUCGUGCUCACCAUUGGAAAGAAGGAGUUCUCUCAUGUAGACCAUCAGAAGAUAUUCAGGGAGCCAUGGCUGCAACGCUACGACCGGGAACUGGAGGCACUGCGGCCUCAUCUGUUCGAGUUCCCAGUCAAGUUCCCGCCGAGCUAUCCCUUCGAAGAGAAUGUACAACUACCCACACAUUAUAUGAAGACCAGAUGUCCUGCGUGGUGUGACCGGGUUUUACUAUCUCAGUCUGCACGUCUGUUGGUGCAGCAGUCUGAUGUCAGAGCUGGAGACUCCAGACAUCUGCAUAGUUCCAGAAAAUCAAUAACUGAUUCAACGGACAGUAGAAUGUCAUCUUCUGAUAGUAGUCCUGCACGAUCUAACUCACCGGCGAGGCAGAACCAUCAAAGCAGUCCCGGCAAAGUGCUGGAGAAGAAAGGCAGUGUGGCGGAUCUUGACGCGCUGUCGGUGCCAGGUAUUGCUGUCAGCAGGAAGAGUAUUGCUGAUCCUACAAGUAUACAACAUGCACUUAAUGCACGUGGUUCAGAUUCUGAUGGGUCACCGAACCGUCGCCGUUUGGUUCGCAACCAGUCUGAGGGUUCACCAAAGUCUGACGGCGAGUUGCGACGUCUGGCUGACGUGACAGCACGACGUCGCACUGACUACGGCGUCAUUGGUGACGCGGCCUGCAUGGGUGACCACAAGCCGAUCUACUUACGCGUGAUGCUGCAGAGUGACAGAGGUACAGUAGAGAGUAAGCCCCAGCCCCGCCUCGCCCGUCUGCCCACAGACCCCGACAUAUACGCGAAAAAAACUAUAUAUUCAUACGAAAUACACGCGGAUACAGACGUACCCAAACGUACCAGAACCAGUUCUUUAACAGACAAAAUUAUACCAUACGUUGAAAUCACUAGUGUUGACUCAAAUGAUGGUAUAUUUGUUAACGAUAUCGAUACUUCGUUGCUCAGCCCUACUCAAUGUUUAUAUCCUUAUACGCCAGAAAGUGUAGACUCGCAUACACCGAAUGCGGAAAAUUCCACAGGUUCCGAUGAUUUGGCGAAUGAAAUCGAUGUUUUAGGUACGAAUUUGGAAAUAAAAUCGACUACUAAACUAGGUAGAGGUCGUAGUGUAUCCCCUACACAGUUGAAGAGUAGGUUGGAUAUGUUAUUGAAUGAUGUACCGCCGUUAGAGAGAUUGGAUAGUAGGGAAUCUUGUAAAUCUGAAGCCAGUAAAAAAGGGGGCUUGUGUUGUUUGGCGUUGAAAUGUUACGGCUUUUGUAGGCGAAGGGCUCGCAAAGUCGAUUGUGGUUGUAGUGGCUUAAGUAAAUGUUGCACUUGAAUUUAUAUCGAUAUAUCGAUGUCGCAGCACUAUUUCGUUCCUCCAUAGUUAAAAAAAAACUAUUUUUUGAAAUACUUCAUUGAAAAUAAUUUUG